AUGGAUAAAUAUAAUCUUGAUUCAAAGAAGCAUAAACAAAUUACCAAACAAUUUAUUAACAAAGAGGAAGAAGAAAAUAAUUUGGAAACUGUUGAAUUUUAUUUUGAAAAUGGUUUGCGUAAAGUUAAACCAUAUUAUUAUGAAUAUAAAACAUUUGCCAAAGGAAGAUGGAUAAAAAAAAAUAUUCUCAAUGUUUUCCGUGAUGAAUUUCGAGAUCGAACAAAAGAAUAUUAUGAAACUGCAAUUGAAAAAGGAUUAAUUAUGAUAAAUAAUAAAAUAGUUACUCCAUCAACAAUCAUUCAAAAUCAAGAUUUAAUUACACAUAAAAUCCAUCGUCAUGAACCACCAAUAACAGAUAAAAAGAUUAAAAUUUUAUAUCAAGAAAAUGAUUUUAUUGUCAUUGAUAAACCUGCAAGUAUCCCGAUUCAUCCUUCUGGAAGAUAUCGUCAUAAUACAGUAUUACACAUAUUACAAAAAGAGCACGGAUUUUUAAAUCUUUUUCCGUUAAAUAGAUUAGAUAGAUUAACUUCCGGAAUAGUGAUAUUAUCAUUAAAUAAAAAAAAAGCUCGUGAAUUCGAACAACUCAUGACAAAACACAAAAUACAAAAAGAAUAUAUUUGUCAAAUAAAAUGUGAUCAACCAAUAAAGUUAAUUUCUCAUAAACUUGGAUUAAAUUUGGUUCAUCCUGAUGGUAAAUCAUGUAUCACGAUAUUUAAACGAAUAAGUUAUAAUGGAAGUACCAGUUUAGUUAAAUGUAAACCUUUAACUGGUAGAACUCAUCAAAUUCGUGUUCAUUUACAAUAUCUAGGUCAUCCCAUAGUGAAUGACCCUUUAUAUUGUAAUAUUAAAUCUUGGGGUCCUGAUAUAGGUAAAGGAGGAAUUGAUAUAAAUGAUGAUAAAAAAAUAAAUGAACUCGUAAAUUCGAUUAGUUCGGAAAAUGAUUUUGAUAAUAAAAUAGAUAAUCUUAAUAAUGAAUGUACAAUUUCACAUUUCUCGGAUCCUAAACCUAAUCAAUUAUUAAUUUGGUUACAUGCAGUUAG